AUGCUUGAUACUAUUGAAGAACUCGACAAAGAUGCUGCUGAAGACAAGCAAUCAGUUGAAGGCACAGAUGAGAUACAGGAGGUCGACGAAUGUGAUGAUUGCGGCGAAGUGGAUCCUGAUGAUGCGUCAAUUGGCUCCGAUUGUGAUCUUUCCAAUGUCGAUCAAGGCCAAGCUUGCAUGGAAGGAUCUAUCGUGGAUGCCUUGCCCGCGGUGAAGAGCCCGCUGCAUUGUCCGAUGAAGAAUUAA